GAGUUUUCGUGUUUGAUGUCAACGUCUCAACUACUGUUUUCAAAAUGGUCAGAUUGCAACUCUUCAACUAAUCACCUACUACCGGACGAUGAUGUUGAUGUGACAUUGCUUCUCGCUGCCGUGACUGAAACCUCACACAAUCCGAAAUCCAAUUACCUCCUUCAAAUAAACCACGCAGGCAACUUGAUACCCGCAGGAAAAAAAUCUAGUUUCAUUCAACUCAAGAGCGUCGACCUGCCCAAAGCUAGAAACUAUGGACUUGGUUCUCCAUUGACCAUUGCGAUCUCCCCUUGAAUUGAAAUCUACUCCAUUUCCAAUCGACCAAAUCUGGCGGCUAUUCAUCACCAACAUCUCACCAACAAAGCACUACACCCCUUUUACUAAAAGGGCCAGAAAUCGUUUCUUUUAACCAAAUUCGCUAAACCCAAUAUGGCUGAGUCAUUGCCGGUUGGGGGAUUUCCGGCAUUCCUUUCUUCGCAUAAAACUCUGUUUAUUGUUCUCUGGAUCUCGGCUUUCGGUUCUGUUUUUCUAUGGCAACGGGAUAUAGUUGGGGCUGGGUUCUCUGUGUUCGGAAAAGCUGGGCCGGGUCGGUCUAUGUCCGGGUCCCGGCCUUUCGAGUUUAAUAUUACGGAUUUUGGCGGGGUUGGCGAUGGGGUAACGGAUGACACGGCGGCUUUUGAGAGGGCUAUCUCGGCCAUCUCGAAGCUUGGGAAGAGAGGUGGUGGUCAGCUCAAUGUCCCGCCUGGAAAGUGGCUUACGGCGCCGUUUAAUCUUACUAGUCAUAUGACUUUGUUCCUUGCUGAGGAUGCUGAGAUUCUUGGAAUCCAGGACGAGAAGCGAUGGCCAUUAAUGCCUCCAUUGCCAUCAUACGGGUACGGAAGAGAGCAUCGUGGACCUCGGUAUGGAAGUUUGAUCCACGGCCAAAACCUCGAAGAUGUUGUUAUAACUGGGCACAAUGGUUCCAUAAAUGGUCAGGGUCAAUCAUGGUGGAUAAAGUAUCGUCAGAAGCUACUCAACCACACAAGGGGUCCACUUGUGCAGAUAAUGUGGUCAAAUGACAUUGUAAUCUCUAAUAUAACCUUACGUGAUUCUCCGUUUUGGACUUUUCAUCCAUAUGAUUGCAAGAAUGUAACCGUUAGGAAUGUAACCAUCUUAGCACCUGUAUUUGGAGCUCCAAAUACUGAUGGAAUUGAUCCUGAUUCAUGUGAGGAUGUAGUGAUAGAGGAUUGCUACAUAAGUGUUGGCGAUGAUGCAAUUGCAAUAAAGAGCGGUUGGGAUCAAUAUGGCAUCGUUUAUGGACGACCUUCGAGAAACAUUCUCAUCCGAAACCUCAUUGUCCGUUCUAUGGUCAGUGCUGGCGUAUCAAUAGGCAGCGAGAUGUCUGGCGGGGUAUCUAAUGUCACCGUGGAGAACGUCACUGUCUGGAGUUCUAGGCGUGCAGUUCGAAUCAAGACUGCUGUUGGAAGAGGUGGAUAUGUCAGGCAUAUAACGUACCGAAAUCUGACAUUUGAUGAUGCCCAAGUUGGAAUUGUUAUCAAGACAGACUACAAUGAGCACCCCGACAUGGAUUUUGACAAAAAUGCUUUCCCAAUACUCGAAAACAUAAGCUUCACUGGGAUACAUGGUCAAGGAGUCCGUGUACCUGUUCGUAUACAUGGUAGCGAGGAGAUUCCUGUCAGAAACGUGACGUUCAGGGAUAUGAACGUGGGGAUAACAUAUAAGAAAAAGCAUAUAUUCCAGUGCGCGUUUGUUCAAGGGCGUGUAAUAGGGACCAUCUUCCCUGCGCCUUGUGAAAACCUUGAUAUAUAUGAUGAAGAAGAAAGGCCUGUAAAGCUCUCAACGGCCCAGAAUGUAACAGAUAUAGAUUAUAGAGUAUGAGAAGAUGGUGGAUUGCAGUCUCUGUCAACCAUUCUUUCUGGGAACAAAAUCCGAAGGCUUAAAACUGUAUAUGCUUGAAAUGAGGCAAGUUUUGCAAUACCAUAUUGGAGCAGUGGGGCUUUUUAUUCCCCUUCAUUUCGUGCCCUUUCUUUUGCUCCAUUUAUAUCUAUAACUUGUUUGAUUCAGAGAGUUGUGUACAGAAAAUUUAUAGUUUAUACAUUGAAAUACAUUUUCAUAGUA